AUGGAUUCUGAUGCCAGUCUGAUAUCGAGCCAGCCGUCGUCCCCGGAUCUGUUCCUGUCGGACGAGCCGACCUCGGGAUUCUCUGGCACGGUCUCGUCCACGCAGAGCGAGUGCGGCCGAGGGGGCCAGGGUCGGCCCAGGGAGCCGCUUCGGGCGAAGGACAAGAAGCAGAUGAGCGAGUCCGAGCUGCAGCAGCUCCGGCUGAAGAUCAACAGCCGGGAGCGCAAGAGGAUGCACGACCUGAACAUCGCCAUGGACGGCCUCAGGGAAGUCAUGCCUUACGCCCACGGCCCCUCGGUGCGGAAACUGUCCAAAAUCGCCACGCUGCUGCUGGCCAGGAACUACAUCCUGAUGCUGACCAGCUCUCUGGAGGAAAUGAAGCGGCUGCUGGGCGAGAUCUACGGCGGACACCACAGCAACUUCCAUCCAUCCCCGGCUUGCCAAGCCGGCCCGGCCCUACCGCCUUCCCACGGCCCUCACCCUCUCCCACACCCGGCUAUGGUCCCCGCCGUCACCUCGGCCCCUCUAGCCGGUGCUAGCCUCUCACCCGCCGCCGCCGUCCGGGCCCCGGGCAGCCUCCUGAAGACGGCGGGCGCUGCCGCCUCGGGUUUCCAGCAGUGGGCUGGCAUGCCGUGCCCGUGCACAAUGUGCCAGGUACCGCCGCCUCCUCAUGUGUCCAGCGCUGGCAUGGCCCGGUUACCCUCAGACACCAAGUGA